AUGAGUUUCCUACAGACCCACAAUACUGGGCAAUCAACAACAGCUACUACUUCCAGAUCAGCAGGAACAACGAAAACAGCAAGACUCUGCGCCGUAGCCGCUGCUUUUAAGUGGCUGGCCUAUGGCCUGGGACUAUUAAUUAUCCUGCCAGUGUGCAAUGCUGGCCCGCAUGAGAAACGUUUGCUGCACGCGCUACUCGACAACUAUAAUAGCUUGGAGCGGCCUGUGGUCAAUGAAUCCGAUCCAUUGCAAUUGAGUUUCGGUCUAACACUCAUGCAAAUCAUUGAUGUGGAUGAAAAAAAUCAACUGCUUAUAACUAAUAUAUGGCUUAAAUUGGAAUGGAACGACAUGAAUUUGCGAUGGAAUUCGAGUGAGUUCGGGGGCGUUCGCGAUUUGCGAAUACCGCCGCAUCGUUUGUGGAAACCGGACGUGCUCAUGUACAACAGCGCCGAUGAAGGAUUCGACGGCACCUACGCCACGAACGUGGUUGUUCGCAAUAAUGGAAGCUGUCUGUACGUGCCACCUGGAAUAUUCAAGUCCACGUGUAAAAUCGACAUCACUUGGUUUCCCUUCGAUGAUCAACGCUGUGAAAUGAAAUUCGGCUCCUGGACCUACGAUGGUUUUCAGCUGGAUUUGCAACUACAAGACGAAGCCGGCGGCGAUAUCUCAAGUUUUAUAACGAAUGGUGAAUGGGACUUACUGGGUGUGCCCGGUAAACGAAAUGAAAUCUACUAUAAUUGCUGCCCAGAACCUUAUAUUGACAUAACAUUCGCCAUUUUGAUACGACGCAAAACUUUGUACUAUUUUUUCAAUUUGAUUGUGCCGUGCGUACUGAUCGCCUCGAUGGCACUGCUAGGGUUUACACUGCCACCAGAUUCUGGUGAGAAGCUCUCGCUUGGAGUUACUAUUUUAUUAUCGCUCACAGUCUUCCUGAAUAUGGUGGCGGAAACGAUGCCGGCAACUUCCGACGCUGUGCCGCUGCUCGGAACUUAUUUCAAUUGCAUUAUGUUUAUGGUGGCCUCAUCAGUUGUGUCAACCAUACUUAUCCUCAAUUAUCAUCAUAGAAAUCCAGAUACGCAUGAAAUGAGUGAAUGGAUAAGAGUAAUAUUCCUUUAUUGGUUACCUUGCAUAUUGCGCAUGCAAAGACCGGGACAGGUUGGCUCACCACCACCACCACCACCACCACCACCACCAUCGCAAAGAUCCUCCAAAUCUCUGCUCGCCAAUGUGCUGGACAUCGACGAUGACUUCCGCUGCAAUCAUCGAUGUGCCAGCUCGACGUUGCCUCAUCAGCCCACGUACUACAGGACCAUGUACAGGCAAGGUGACGAUGGCAGCGUGGGACAUGUUGGUCCUGUUGGUCCUGUCGCAGCUGUUGCCGAUGCCCGCAUGCACGAGGCGAUAUCUCACACAUGUCUCAGCUCAUCGGCGGAAUAUGAACUGGCGUUGAUAUUGAAGGAGUUGCGCUGGAUAACCGAUCAGCUCAAAAAGGAGGAUGAAACGGGAGAUAUUACGCGUGAUUGGAAAUUUGCCGCCAUGGUCGUUGAUCGUUUGUGCCUUAUAAUUUUCACGCUAUUUACCAUUAUAGCUACCUUGGCGGUUUUAUUCUCGGCACCACAUUUUAUCUUUCCAUAAAUCUACAGAGAUCGCCUUCUUCUGGGUUGGUCAUCACUUGUGUUUACACAGAGCGUACAAAUCUUGUUUUUACUUUUGUAAAG